AUGAGUGUAAGUGACGAUAUAGAUGUGCGGCCUGCAGCUAAACCUGAAAGUUCGUUCGGUAUGCGGCACCUCAUUAUGUUCCUGCUCUUCAUGGCCACAACUGUCUCGUACGCCACGCGGGUCAGCAUGAGCAUCGCUAUUGUAGCUAUGACCACGGAUAAUGACUACGGAUAUCUCAUAUUCAACUGGGAGAGGAGCGUUCAGGAUACCAUCCUCUCUUCUUUUUUCUGGGGCUACAUUGUGUUGCAAAUUCCCGCUGGAUUACUCGCAGGAAAAUUCGGUGGAAAAAUGCUCAUUACUCUCGCUAUGGUCACCACGGGAUUAGUCAACUUAGUCACACCUUUAGCUGCUACUAAAGGUGAUUGGAUCGCUGUUUGUGCUUGCCGGAUUCUCAUGGGCCUGUCACAGGGUAUGUUGUAUCCAAGUCUUCACGGCUUGCUUGGACAAUGGUCACCGACUACGGAGAGAAGUAGAAUGGGAACUUUUGUCUAUGCCGGGGCUCAGCUGGGUACGAUCAUUGAAAUGAUGAUGGCCGGUGCACUAUCCGCUGGACCUUGGGGCUGGCCCUCAGUAUUCUACGUGGCAGGAAUCACUUGCCUCAUUUUGGGAGCUGUAUGGGUGAUCUUCGGCGCUUCCACACCCAGUACUUGCAGAUGGAUCUCCAAGGAAGAAAGGAAAUAUAUCGAGAUGAAUAUUGGCUCAGCAGAUAUCAGUGAAAAGAAGAAAAUGAACACUCCCUGGAAAAGCAUUUGGACAUCGUUGCCAUUCUGGGCGAUUAUUCUCGCGCACAGUGGCCAAAGUUUAGGAUUUUGGACUCUUCUGACAGAAAUUCCUUCCUACAUGAACAAGGUUCUUGGAGUAAACAUAAAAAGUAAUGGUCUAUUGUCAGCGCUUCCGUACGUAGCUAUGUACAUUCUGAGCUUCAUAUUCAGCUGGUCCUCCGACUUCCUCGUCAACAGAAACAUAACCAGUCUGCCCACAGCUCGAAAAAUUUUCAACACGAUCGCUUUCUGGGGUCCCGCAGUCGCUUUGCUUGGCUUAUCGUAUAUACCAGCUGGUCACUUGACACUUGCGGUGGCAAUACUGACGAUCACCGUCGGACUCAAUGGUGCUCAUUACGUCGGGUUCUUGAUUUCACAUAUUGACAUCUCCCCUAACUUCGCCAGCACGUUGAUGGGCAUCACCAAUGGCUGCGGCAACAUUUUCUCUAUCAUGGCACCUUUGAGCGUGUCGCUCGUUGUGAAAGACGAGUCAAGUGCAUCAGAAUGGCGAAAAGUUUUCUUCAUAUCGAUUGCGUUCUACUUCCUAAGCAAUCUUUUCUUCAUUUUAUUCAUGUCAGGAAGAGUUCAAGACUGGAACGAGCCACAACACUCCAAAACAUUAGAGGAUGGAGUAAAAGAAGCCGAGGAAGUUAACAGCAGUAGAAAAAACAAAACUGUCGUUGAAAAGUUUUGA